UGUAGUGAAUGAAUGAGAUGAGUAACGCCGCCCCAUUUCUCUUAUUGCUUCUUCUCUUCUCGGUGCAAUGUUUUGCUACUCACGAAGACAAUGCCUCGCUGGAUUCCGCCGUCAAUUUCGACAUGGGAGGCCUCAGCCGGAGCUCCUUCCCUAAGGGCUUCGUCUUCGGCACGGCAGCCUCCGCCUAUCAAGUCGAGGGCGCUGCCGCCGAAGACGGCCGUGGGCCCAGCAUCUGGGAUACCUUCAUCAAAAUUCCAGGAAUGGAACCAAAUAAUGUGUCAGGGGAAGUGUCAGUGGACCAGUAUCACAAAUACAAGGAGGACAUUGAUCUGAUGGCGAAAAUGAACUUCGAUGCCUACAGGUUUUCAAUUUCAUGGCCCAGAAUAUUUCCAAAUGGAACUGGAAAAGUGAACUGGAAGGGAGUUGCUUACUACAACCGGUUAAUCAAUUACAUGCUCAAAAAAGGCAUCACGCCGUAUCCUAAUCUAAAUCACUACGACCUUCCUCAAGCGCUUGAGGAUAGGUACAAGGGAUGGCUCAGCCGUAAAGUAGUGAAGGACUUUGCUGAUUACGCUGAAUUCUGCUUCAAGACGUUUGGCGACAGAGUGAAGAACUGGCAGACGUUCAACGAGCCUCGCGUCGUUGCCUCACUGGGAUACGACAAUGGAUUCUUUGCUCCCGGGAGAUGCUCAAAAGCAUUUGGGAAUUGCUCGGAGGGGAACUCUGCCACUGAGCCUUACAUUGUUGCUCACAAUCUCAUUCUCAGUCAUUCCGCCGCCGUGCAAAGAUAUCGUAAUGGAUAUCAGGCGAAGCAGAAGGGGAGGAUUGGGAUUCUGUUGGAUUUCGUGUGGUACGAACCUCUUACAAGAUCGAAAGCAGACAACUAUGCCGCUCAGAGGGCUAGAGACUUUCAUCUUGGAUGGUUCUUGCAUCCUUUGGUUUAUGGAGAGUAUCCAAAGACAAUGCAGAAUAUAGUAGGAAAAAGGCUGCCCAAGUUCAGGAAGAAAGAUGUGAAGAUGGUGAAGGGAGCCUUUGAUUUCAUAGGCUUAAAUCAGUACACUGCAUAUUACAUGUAUGAUCCUCACCAGCCUAAAUCCAAACACUUGGGAUACCAGCAGGAUUGGAAUGUUGGAUUUGCUUAUGAACGACAUGGAGUACCAAUUGGCCCAAGGGCACAUUCCUAUUGGUUGUACAUUGUCCCAUGGGGUCUCUACAAAGCUGUAAACUAUGUAAAAGAGCAUUAUGGCAAUCCCACCAUGAUUUUGGCUGAGAAUGGAAUGGAUCAGCCAGGCAACCUUACACUUCCAAAGGUAUUGCAUGACACUAUAAGAAUCAAAUACUACAAGAGCUACUUAUCCCAACUAAAGAAGGCCAUGGACGAGGGCGCCAACGUGAAAGGCUACUUUCAGUGGACAUUCGUCGACAACUUUGAGUGGAGAUUAGGCUACACGUCGAGGUUUGGCAUCGUCUAUGUCGACUUCAAGACACUCAAGAGGUACCCCAAGAUGUCGGCUUACUGGUUCAAGAAGCUCCAGCACAGAGGCAAGCAUUGAUGACAUGGGAAAUUAAGAAGGUAGCUUUUGUCUAUGUUUAUCAAUAAGAAACCAAUGUUUCUCUACUUCUGUAUCUAGCUAUGUCUACUGUUGUUUGCUUCAACUCAUCCAAGGAAUGAAGGUCUUCUUCUUUAGUUCUCUAGGAAUAAAUGUACCUUGUAUUUCUGUGCCUUGUUCAUUUUGGAAUACAUAUUUAAAAUUCUGAUGA